AUGACCAACGAUACAUUUGUCCAGCUCAAUCAGCUUGUUGACAAAUUCGGAACCGAAGACUUUGCCAUCCUCGGAUUCCCAAGCUCACAGUUCAAGAACCAGUGUCCAGGCGCAACCUUCCAACAGAUAUACAACUGUUUGAAGUACGUUACACCUGGCAGUGGUUUCGAGCCAAACUUCUUGAUGUUUGAGAAGUCUAAUGUGAACGGACCAGUCGAAACGAUCAAUCCAGUGUUUGCCUGGUUGAAGAGUGCCUGUGGCCCAUCGGGACCAACACUCUUUGACACGGUCUACGUCAGCUGGACACCUGUCAUGUACAAUGAUAUUGAGUGGAACUUUGCCAAGUUCCUCAUAUCCAAGACAGGCAAGAUCGUCAAGCGUUACUCGUCACAGACCUACCCAGUGUUCUUGACCGGUGACAUUGCCGAACUUCUUCUGGAGUAA